UUGAUGUUGUUCUUCGAGAUAACUGCGCUGACUGACUCCUCUUCCUUGUUUUUCUGAGAGGCUGCUCAGAUUUCAGCCGCUGGAUUGAUACUUGGCUGUGUUUUCGGAAAGGUGGUCGUUAGGUGGUCUCAAAAAGGUCAGGAGAGAUACUGAUAGUCCCAAAUGUGGGUUGGUUGUCGUAUGUUUUACGAGGGUGAAGUUGGUUGUUCUGUUCGCCAGGAGCUUUUUCGAACUGUCCCGUUCCACCUUAAAUGGUGCAGCGGUUACAUUCUGGCGCCCCAACAAGCGGCUGGGGAAUGUUGUUGUUGUUGUUAUCGUCACUUAUAUAGUCUCGAGGGUUAAAUAGCGCCAUUAUUAUCACCGUAUAGGUAGAUAAACUGAUUUAACCAACACUUUUUGUCCUCCUUGUCUGUCUGUCUGUCUGUCUGGCAAAACACGGAAAACAAACCCAAACCCGAAAGUGAAAGUAAACCUAAAGACAGUGAGGUUCAUACACAGACAUUGAUGGGCCUUUUUUGCGUGGUCCACUUGGAUGUUAUUCGCUUGCUGUUAUCUGAGCGGAGAUGCCGGGAUCAACCACCAAAAUAUGCACAUCGUGCCAGGCCACCAUUGGUGUGGCAAGUAAAAUAUGCAAGGCCUGUGGAGGAACACAGCCUUAUAAAGUACUUAAACAGAAAAGACUCGAAAGGGCUAAACAGCGGAUCGUACAGUCUCCCCAUGCACUGAAGGCGAAUGCAGUCAAGUUAAAGGACGCUGCUUAUGUGCAUCUUCACAAUCUGCAGGCUGCUGGAUACAUCCCUCUUCUUCUGCUGGGGAAGAAGAAAGGGUCAAAGGUGAUGACAGAAAUCUUGAACUUGUCUGAGAAUCCCAGCCCGCAGGAGCGAACGGCAUACAAAGCCAUACAGUCUGUUUUUGAGAAUUUUCUGAAUGCUAGCCCACCUGUCUCAACCCAACCAGUCCCCCUCCAGUCUUCCACUACCUCAUUCAGCUGCACUGCUGUACCCAUAUCAACAUCUACUGCAUUUUCAAAUACCUCCCCUACCUCCAUGGAAUCAACCUACCCAGCAUCUACUUCUGACCUGCUGUCCUCUCCAUCCACGUCCAGCACACCAACGGAGAAGGGCAAAGAAGCAGUUCCUGAGAUGACAGCUUUAACAUCUAAGGGUCAAGGUCCUGACAGCAGUGUAGCAGACGGUCCUGAUGUCCCCGACAUCACCAGCGUUCUGGAUCUGCAGCAGAUUUUCCAGUCUGAUGACAUUUCAUUGGAGCUCGACAGUCUAGAGGACUGGAGACCCACUAGUGAAGACCCGGCCGAGAUAGACAGAUCCAUCCACCAGGUUCCCGUCUGCACCCUUGAUCUGGAGCCCACCUACCCCUUCUCAGAAGACGAUGCUCAUAAGCUGAUAUAUCCAUGUAGGGAUCCAUGGAGUAUGAAGGAUGUGUCCAUGGAGGUCUCUAGCCUCAACAUGGGGGAAGACAGCAGCCUGCUCCAGCACUUCUACAGCACCUCUCAGGACCUGACUGUGACUGAGAGAGGCAGGACUUUGGACACUCUCGACACAACGGCACUGAUCCCAGUUGGCAGCAGUGACAAUGUCUUUGAGGUUCCCAGCGCACACACUCAGGGGUUUGAGGGCAGCUUAGAGGGAGGGUGCUGGUCUUACGAAGGGCAAAGCUGAGAAAGCCAGCAGGGCUCCUGACUACGUUUUUUCAAAACCAUCCCAGAAGCGUCCCAAAACAUUGUGUCUGCAGUCCUGACUGUCCCAAAUAUUGGAACGGCUUUUAUUUAUAUAACUGUGAAAUUCUUAUGCUACCCAUCUAUCGAAUCCCAAAAACAAUGAACAAUGAAUUUUGAUCCAAAGGAAACUAAACACAAAAAUGAUGUAGUGGUUUCAUAAAUUAUUGUAAAUAAAAGUAUAUGAAAUUAAUGUAUAACUAACAAAAUAAGUGACUGAUAAUGAGUGGGGCAUCUUAAAUGCCUUGACAGUAUCUGACAUAUUAUUGGCUAUUCAUCGUGCAUAACAGUUGCUCAGCUAAUACAGCCUGUGAAUAGUAGGCUACUUCUGGAUUAAGCCAGGCUUUAAGCUUAAAACAGCAGUAUAAGAAUACAAAAUGUUAUUUUAGUGUCUGUUACAAACCCUGUAAGCUAGAGCUGCUAUAAAAUGUGAACAUGCACCAUCGCUAGUGUUGUGCUAACAUGGCAUUACAAAAGGAAGCAUUAUUGUGUACAGAUAUACAAAAACUGGGUAAAAAACAAAAGUUGCUGCAUGUAACAUUGGCAUGUGAUUACAUAUACGGUACAUUCAUGAUGAUAUGUCUGUUUUUUUUACAGCUAUUCAGUGCUAAUUUAGGGGAAUGCAUCGGAAAACAGAUUUUACAUCACCAAAUGCAUUUUUUUAUUGUGCCUGGGAUGAUGGGAUGGUAUUAGUCAGGAGCCUUGGACCUCAUAUACUUAAAUACUGAUGCACUUGUAAAUAAGACUCUAGUGAUAUUUUAUAUAAAAAGAUUUAUAAAAAAACAAUGUUCAGCUUCAAAAAAACGUGUUUAGUUUCAAAAAAACAUUUCUAUAGGAGCUGAUUUAAGCUGCCCUUCUUCGUAAGAAGUGCAAGUUUUGUACAGCAGUGUCGUAAUGGAAGUGGUUCCAUUUUGCACUUUUAAUCACUUUUUAAUCGCAGCCCUGAUUCUAAGGCAGGCAUGUCAAACUGGGGACGUUCCGGGCCAAAGCACUGCGGGGAUUAGCGCUUACCAUCAUCUAACGCUCUGAAUUUAGUCAAUGAAAGCCUUGCUAAUUAGCUGAUGAGCUGAAUAAGGUGUGUUUAAUGAGGCAGUGUGCUGAAGUCUGCAGUGUUGUGGCCUGCAAGGACUGGAGUCUGACACGUGUUCUAAGUAAAACUUUGUUAUUCUUCUUACAGCUGAUGCACAAGAAAGUGAAGACUGACAGGUAGCUAGCCAAAACAGAUGCCACUUAUUACAACCGUAUUGUUAAGCUACUCAGGUAACAGUUUACUGUAAUUGUGCUUAAGCUAAUAAACAGCAGUCCAAGAAAAACAGUUGAAAAUUAACAUUCAAGAGAUGGUUUUGUUUGAGCGUGUGAUGCCGCAAGCCUUAAUUGCAUCUUUCGUGGUGCUACUUCGCGAGCUAAAGCAUCUUUUACCUCAGCCAACACUGGGUGAGUGAAGUGAUGCAAUGUUAUUAAUCACUUUAUAACGUUAUUGCAUUAUUUUGUGCGGCAUUAAUUAAAAAAGCUGAAGUUCUGUCAUACGUAUUAUGGCCAAAAGUAUGGGGACACCAUUGACCAUUAUACCUAUAUGAACUUGUUGGACGUCCCAUUCCAAAACCAUGGGCGUUGAUAUGGGGUUGGUCCCCCCUUUUGUGGCUCCACUCUUCUGGGAUGCUUUCUACAAGAUUUUGGAGUGUGUCUGUGGGAAUAUGUGUCCAUUCAGUUAAGGUCAGACACUGAUGUUGGACGAGAGGGCCUGGCUCGCAGUCAACAUUCCAGUUCACCCCAAAGGUGUUCAGUGGGGUUGAGGUCUGUGCAGCCCACUGGAGUUCCUCCACACCAAACUGGUCAAACCAUGACUGUGUCCGGAGUAGCAUACAUACAUGUUCGGAACUGUAUAUUACUCUUCAGUAUCCAGUAUGACAAAGGUCAUGUACUACAGGACAGGGGCGUGUCUAGACAGUCAACGUCAGAGACUGAGCCAAUCAGACUGACUUUAAAACCUGUCCUAUUUUCCUCAGCCUGUCAAUCACUGCUUAGCAGCUGUUCUAGCUGCUUUUCAUUAAUGUAUGUUUGUGUUUUGGUCAAGAGCUGGGCCUUUGUGACACCGUACCAUAACAGAGGGAAGGAAGUUGUUGUGUGACUCCACACAUUGGCCUGAAAAGCCAAUCCUGAGUGGAUUGUUUACUUUAGUAAUUUAUUGUUUUAACCUUGUUAUGUACACAGUAAGUGAACUUUAUUUAGUUGACAAUGUAAGCCCACCUUGAGACCAGCAGAGAAAGCUGGUGUGGCUUUUGCGUUGCACUGAGUGCAGCAACAUUUGGACAAAUUUUUCAUUUCGCCGUUAUUAAUGUUCUGAAAGGUUCAAUUUAGGGCUAUUACAAAUAUCCAGACGCUUACGUCAGUGGUUACAUCCCCCUGAAAUGACCAUGUUGCAUUUUGGCAUGCAGUAUAUAAUGAAGACAGUUCUGUCCAUAAGCUGGAAUACUUUGCCACAGCAGUACGUCAUUCAGGUCGCUUAGACGUACUGGAGAAAUUCAUGUUGGUCACAUGCUGCACACUACUUUUGGUAUGCUAGCAGUAUGUAGUAGACUAUUUCAAACACAGCCCAUGUCUUUAUGGAGCUCGCUUUGUGCACAGGGACACAGUCAUGUUGGAACAGGAAAGGGCUUUCACCAAACUGCUGCCACAAAGUUGAAAGCAUAUAAAGAUGUAAAAGCAUUAACAUCACCCUUCACUGGAACUAAGGGGCCCAAACCCUGAAAAACAGCCCCAGCUCACUAUCCCUCCUCCACCAAACUUUACUGCUGGCACUCUGCGUUCUGGUAGGUAACGUUCUCCUGACAUCCACCAAACCCAGAUUCAUCCAUCAGGCUCCUGGAUAGUGAAGUGUAAUACAUCACCCCAGAGAAUAUGUUUCCACUGCUCCGGAGGACAGUGGGCCGUGCUUUACACCACUCCAGCUGACACUUGCUUAAGCUUAGGCUUGUGUGUACCAGCUCGGCCAUGGAAACCCAUUCCAUGAAGCUCUAGACGCAAAGUUCUUGUGCUGAUGUUGCUUCCAGAGGCAGUUUGGAUCUCUGUGGUGAGUGAUGCAACAGAGGAUAGGCGUUUUUUUAUGUGCUUCAGCACUCGGUGGCUCUGUGAGUUUGCAUGGUGACUUGUUCUGUGGCUCAGUUGUUGCUUCCAUUUCACAAUAAUAGCACUUACACUUGACGGGCAGAUCUAGCAGGGCAGAAAUUUCACUGAUUGGCAAAGGUGGCGUCCUAUGACAGUGCUAUGUUUACAGUAACUGAGCUCUUUAGUGUGUUGCUGCCAGUGUUUGUCUAAGUGCUUGGCUGAAAAACACAAACAAUUAAGAGAGGUGUCCACAGACUUUUGGCCAUAUAGUGUGUAUUAUUCAGUUAACAACAUUUAAUUGGCUGUGGACAGGAAAAAAUCACAGUGUCUUGAUUUCCAUUGCCCUCACUGACUGUUCUCCCAGGGCCACUGCUUUUGUACUGUUUUUCCUUUUGUUUCAAAACUUACUAGCUAGCCAGCCUGUGAUCAAUAGAGAAAAGAUGUUUCAUGUUCAGUGUCAAAUUUGGCUGAUUUUUUUUCUUUUUUCUUUUUUUCUUUUGCAAACUUCAGAAGAGUCAACAGAGUGCAAGAAUUGAUUCUCUUCCUGUUUUGCACAUAUGGUCUUGCACUUUAUUGCUGACUUUAAUGAUUUAAUGACUUUUGCACAUGCAAUGCUAGAACAAUUCGAAAUAUCACCAGUGUUGGAAAUAAAGAAUUUUCAGUCUC